AUGGUCCUACUGGAAAGCAAGAGUCUCCUUGAUUUUCCUUCCGGGUUCAAGUGCACGUGGUACGGGCUGCCGCACCCUGUCCAGUUCGCGGUGUUGAUUCUGGCCUUGCGCUCCGCCCGUGCCCCACAGAUGCCGGCGCUCCUGUACGGGGUAAAUCGGCUCUUUGACACGCUCGAAAAGGCUUCGCACAAUUACCUCUGCCCCUACACCACCGCCGCUUACAUGGACGCGAGAGAAGGCGGGCGUCCCGAAUAUGUCGAAGGCACAUUGUGUCAACGGAAGCUGGUCGCUUGCGCUAACAAGGGGAAUCCACGCGCGCCACUGCCCCUACAUCACCACCGCUUGGAAGGUAAAGAGGAGGUCGGGGCGCCCUGCAUGUUGUCCGACGCACAUGAUGUCAACGGAAGCUGGGUGCUAGCUCUGGGAAGGGGCUCCAAGAGUUGUCCUUCGAUGCCAGAUGUGCACUGCUGUGUUGGGGAUGAGCGGCCAUCAUCCACGGGAUGGGCUUGAACGUGCACGAUGGUCAAGGGUGCGUAUUGGCGCAGCAUAUCGACAACACAUCAAUGUAGCAACUGCGUGCAUAGAGGGUUUGUGGCGGGUGUGUUAUUAAUUGCGGCUCCAAGGGAGAGCUUUCGGGGGUGUCUCGGGUGUCCAUUUUACGCCAUGCCCGAUCCGUUUCAGGGUAUCAACGGGAGGUCGAAACACACAUGCAAACUACACGUACGUAUAGUUUAGACAACAAUAUAUUCGACUACAACAUACAUAAAUGAAGCUAGUCGAGACUACGUGUUCACAGUAGUUUCAUCAUUUUCCGGUGUCGUAACGUUCUUUUAUUCCUUGAUCCAAACGCGUGUUUUGAAGAUGAAGUUGCCAACACAGCCAGUGCAGGCGCUCGUGUUGUAGCAAGUUUUUGGGCUUGCUAGAAGGAUGUGCAAUUUCCCCCCUGAGGUAAUUCGGUCUGGUGUGGCACUAUAUUCGUGAAUAUAUUCUGGAUUCUGAGUGAAGUACCAACCAUCGAGUGAUCAGGGCACCCGUCCCCUCACGGUAGUUUUGCUUGGCGUCAGAAUACAUGUCAUAUUGUGCUCAUCUGUAGGAUGCGUUCGCUCGAGCAGAUAGAAAGAUGCUCACCCUCGUCGAUUUUUGCAAUGGGAUUAGGGUCUGCUUACCGUUUGUGGCGCGCGUGAACGCUUUGGUGGUAAUGCAAGGCACGCGCUUGGGGUUGUCGUCAUCGUAGCGAUUGUCGUUACACUCGUUCGGUAUUUUGGUAUUUAUCGACAUGUGGGAACGGGACGUGUUGGUGAGAUCGGCGAUUUGGGGUCCGAGCGAAUGAAUGCGCCAAGGUGUUGAUUUGUAAGUCCCCAUCUAACAGCAUAUAUCGUUUCGUUCUCUUGUUUUGUUUUGGGGGGCGCAAACUUCCAUUAGAAGCACAUUUUAGACUAGAGGGAACAUAUGGAAAUAGCGCGAGUAGAUGUACCCAUGCAUAUGUUAUUUGUUAUGGUUGAUAUAGGAAAUUUAGGUGCGAUGUGGACAAUACCUUUAGUCUAGACCUGUGUGGUUUUCGCGCUUUUUGCGCUUUUCGCGCUGUUCGCGCUUUUCGCGUCGAAAAACGGCUUGUUAUAUGUUUCAGCGAAAGUAACAUGCACGGGUGUGGCGCGAUUCGAACUCACAGCGCGCCUGCAGUUGGACCGUUGCAACACCACUGGGCCGAUGUUUUCGAAUGUAUGUCCGAGAUAUACUAGACUUUGGUUUCUGAUGCGAAUAGAGGAAUGAUCUGAGCCACAUCUGGUCCUGACCAUCAUUGG